UACAUUGAGUCAUGUGAGCGGUUAUGCUUGCGCCACAAUCUGGCCAUCUCCAGAUCAACUACAUACAUCCCAGUGAAAGGUCAAAAAGCAAUUGAAUGUGAGUAUCCCCGGAGUACGACUCGUCAGUCGACCCGUCUGGAAGGGGUUUGUCUAUCGCUGCUGGAUACGAGACUCUGUGCUUGUCCUUACACACCGCGCACAGUAAGCGUGGAGCACAUUCUCAAUCUUGAUUCUGUACUUGGGUCAGAUUUCGCUGUACGCGUAGGCGAUGCCAGGCCCCGGCGCUGGCGGUCCGUUGCCACUCGGCAACCAGCUCUCAUCCAGGUGUCUCGGGCUCAGUUUCAUGAACCCCGAGGGACUCAGCUGUCUCAAUCCGCUUGAGAUCGCUGUGCUCGACCUGAAUCGAUUUCAAGUCUGGCGAUAUCCUGGUGGAAGGUUUAACGGUUUCUAGAUAUCCCACAUUAUGGCCCACAAAAUCGAAAUGGAUAUGACGAGCCCUCUCUGUCGAUUGUCUCAAGACACAUUCAAUGGGACUGGAAAAAUCCAAACGGUGGCUCAAGCCAACGGCAGAUUUCAAGGAAAUUUCAAUUCGGUCAAGUGCAUAGUGUUCGUUGCACUUCUUUCAGGGAGACGGGGCUCGCUGGGGGAGCACGUCCAUUGACGUUGUCUCUCGUGGAUUUGAAUCAUGUCGAAUAUACCCUCCCCCGGUUCUCCGCGCCGACUCAGUCGCCACGACUCACGAC